CUACAAUUGCAAAACAUUCAAAAUGGCGGUAGCGUUUACUUUUCGCACAUGCAAUUUUUAACUUCUUGUUGAAACGAAAUCUGAGAUCGUCUUGUCAUCUUCUGUUGUGAUUGACAAAGCACAAUUAUGGCAGCUUUAGACUCUUUAGCGGAGUUAAACAGUAUUCUUGAAGAAUGGAACAAUGAGAAUGCUGCUGCAGGAUUUGCUACGUCUAAUCCAGUUCCAAAAAUAACCAAACUGGCAGAGAUAGUUGAGAGGGAAACUGAAGCCUACUAUAAAAUGGAUCCUGACCCUUUUGAUGACAGGCAUCCAGGUAGAGCCAACCCAACAUGUACACUUGGACAUUUGUUUAAGGCCCUGUUUAAGAAUGAGGAAUUUAUGAACAGGCUCGUUUCAAGUUACGUGUUACACGCACAACGUGAUCUUACUGUACAGACACUAGCUUGCCGAUUACUAUAUGAUAUUCUCCCAGGACUUGAGACGUCUGUUGUGUUUCAAGAAACGGAGGGGCUUGUGGAGCAGUUGUUUAAAUGGGCGGAGAAAGCAGAUGAACCAUUGAGAACAUACGCUACAGGGCUACUUGCUGGUGCCAUGGAGCUACAAGAUGUGGCAGCUAAUUUUAAGGAGAAAAAUUCAGCAUUGGUAUCAGUGAUGCUUCAACGUUUACAUGCUCUUCAGAAGGAGAUGCAUGAAGAAUUCCUGAAAGCGGAGGCAUCUAGAGUGGAGGAGAACCAGAGAAACUUUUCCAUGUUUGGUUCCCCUUGCAAGACUAGCUCAAAUAGUGCUUUUUCUCCAGUAAAGGGAAAGAACUCUAAAUCUCCUUCAAAGGGAGAUCAAUCAGUAUCCGCAAAUAAAGUGUCCCCAAAUAAAGUGUCUCCAAACAAAUGGGAAAAACCUCCUUCAAAGUCAGAACUGUAUAAUAAAAGUCCGGAUAAAUUAGUUUCAGUGAAGGAGAAUGAUAACAAAAGUGAAACAAAACUAAAUGAAGUUUUGACAAAUUCCAAAGUGGAUGUUCUGGAGAACAGCAUCACAACUUUGAAUAACAGUAAAGGAGUCGGUGAGAAUAAACCUAUAGUCAGUUAUAGCCAGACUCCUGGAUGUAGUGAUGUAUUGUCAGAGAAGAACGUGAAAAAUGAUAACAAAAUCAAGACUGAUUUAGACAUUGGUUCACAUACAAAUGUCGUGGAAAAUGAGGAAAUUUUGAUUGAGAGUAAUGGUAAAGGUUUAUUGGAUGGUGUAAAUUUGACGGACAAUUUGGAUGAUUCUGAAUCUGAGGAUGACGAACAGAAGAAUGGUAUAACUGUUGAAGAGAGACGAGCUAGAUUGAAGCGUACUUUGUCUCCUAGUUUCUACAGUGAAGAUGUGUACAGGUUGAAGAGACAACGAAUUCGGGAUGACAGCUUCAUGUUGAGUGACGUCAGUAACAGUAGUUGGGCAGAUAUACAACCAUAUGUGAUAGGAUCAUACAGUCUAGAACCACUUAGCCUCGGUAUGAAACAGAGGCUGAUCUUACAAUACCUCACACCUAUGGGAGAGUAUCAGGAGCUGAUCAGUGCAGCAUUUGAACAUAGGGCAAUGGAUCUAGUAUUUUACUAUAUUAACCUGAAGUACAACAGAGAUGUGCGCUUAGCUUUUGAAGCUUUAAAAUACCUGGCUGUGUUAUUAUGCCAUAAAAAGUUUGCUAUAGAGUUCUUGAAUCGUGGAGGAGUACAGAAACUGUUAGAUGUAUAUAGACCUUCUAUAGCUGCCACUGGUGUAUCCCUAUGUCUCUAUUAUCUAUCCUACUUUGAAGAUGCCAUGGAACGGGUGUGCCUGCUAUCAGAUCAUAUAUUGACCACACUUGUAAAUUAUGUGUUAUGGUUGAUGGAGUGUUCCCAUGACUCUAGUAGGUGUCACGCUGCCAUGUUCUUUACUCAAUCCUUCACAUUCCUUGUCAUACUGAACAAGUUUGAUACACACGAUGGUCUACGCAGACUCUACAAUGUUAUCAGUACACUGGAGAUUAUGAACAUAGACAGUAGUUCCUCUCCGAAUGAAGAUCAGAUAUUCACCAUGAGGCAGUCAGCUAGGCAUGUAUGUGUAGCACUCAAGAGAUAUUUUGAGGCUCAUCUUAUACUGAAGGUGAAUGAACUGAAGAGAUCUCAUGCCAGGAAUGAAGGCGGUUCCCCGCAGCCGGAAACUCCAGCUUAUAAGGCUAUGAAGAUAACACCAGAGUUGGUACAGGAGAACAUUGAGAUCUUGAUGGAGAUGAUGCCAGUAAGACAACAGUGGCAACCUGAGGCUACUUUCCAUAAACUAGGGGGAAUUACUCUACUUACACAGCUUCUAGGCAUUUCACCUGACUGGAGUAGCUACACUGGAAAGCCGGAGACAUUGAAGGCAGCUUUGGAUGUUAUUGGACUAUGUUGUGUUACUCCAAAAUCCCAGCUUCAACUGCUGGCCCCUAUACCAAUGCCAGAUGAUGCCACAACUCCAGGCAUCAGUAUAUUGAUUGGUCUGGCAGAUGGUGAGAUUAUACAAGACCCUGAUGUACAGAGGGCAGCCCUUAAUGUUAUCAUUAACUGUGUAUGUGGACCUCUAGAACGGCUUGGAGGAGGUGUAGGAAGAUAUAUGGGAUCAGGGUCAAGGAAGAAAAUUAACUGGAAGCUGGGAGAAGAUGUUCUUACCAAGAUGUGGAACAGUGUGAGGGAGAAUAAUGGAAUUAUGGUGCUAUUAAAGUUGCUGUCAAUCAAGACUCCAAUAACAGAUGCUGAUUCUAUCAGAGCUCUGGCAUGUAAAGCACUGGCUGGUAUGGCAAGAUCAGAAACUGUGAGACAGAUUAUCAGUAAACUACCUCUUUUCUCUAAUGGCCAGUUACAAUCUUUAAUGAAGGAACCUAUUCUACAAGAUAAGAGACAGGAGCAUGUGAAGUUUUGUAGAUAUGCUACAGAACUUAUAGAGAAAGUCUCUGGAAAACAGACCAAUAAAUAUAGUGAUGCUACACUGGAUGAUAUUAGAAAGGCAGAUAUUGUUGCCCAGUCUAAGAUAAUCUAUAAUGAAAAGGAACUUCUUCAGCUUAUAUAUGAUCAUUUACAGAGUAAAGGAUAUCAUGAAGCUGCAGAUGUGUUACACAGGGAGGCGGGACUACCAAGAUGUGUUACCCCUCCUCCAGCCCACCCCUCAAACCUUCAAGUGUUCCCUCCAGCACAUGCUGGAAGCCCAUGUCUAUUUUCACCUUCAAAUCCAGGAAUAUCAGCCCCUAGAGCAUUAAAUCGUCAGCUAAGUCAACCAGCUCCUAUAUUAUCCAUUGGUGUCACAUCCUUGCCAAAUUUGCCAGCCUCCCAGCUCAAUCCUAAUGGUGUAACUCCCAAUACUACAUCAACAACUAGAUUACCAUCCGCGUAUUCCAGUCAGGGGAGUCAACCUUCUCUGUCACCUCAGGGAGCAUCAUCGUCAAGGUUACCAAGUUCUCAGUCAACGUCAACUCAAGGGUCAAGUGGUAGCCAGAUUGCAGGGUCAACCGCAGGACCUAUCAGAUUUAGUAUAGGUAGACAGACACAACCAUUACAGCCCCCUAAUACACCAGUUUCUUCAAGCAGAAGUUUACAGCAUAGAUGUAAGUACGUGAAGGAGAGGGACAGCAGCUUGUUUAGUCCAGCAAUAAGGAAAGGGUUGUUACAGAAAUCUCAGAUGGAUUAUGAGAUGAGUCUAGACAAGAUAGUAACAGAAUAUCUACGUAAACAGCACGCCUUGUGCAGAAAUCCGGUUGUAACAUGUCCACCAAUGUCUCUAUUCCAACCACAUCAAUGUCCAGAACCUAGAGGUAAUACCAGUGCACCACUUAGCUUUACUUCCAGAACUUACAUGAAAAUGUUAAAACCAAAGUAUGGAGGUGUAGAUGGGUGUAAAUUAGACAGGAAAUUUAUUUAUAGCAGGUUUAAGGCAAUGAGAACGUAUAAAGAGUCGGAGGACGAUGGCUUCUCCUGUUGUACAUUUGCUUCUAGUCAAAAGUAUUUAAUGUUAGGAACGUACGGGGGAAAUCUCAAGCUUAUCAAUACACAGAGUACUGAGGAGACAGGAAGUUUUCACUGCCAUUCAUCUCCGUUAACUCAUUGUGAACACUCAAGGGAUGGUAAGAUGGUUAUAACUGCAACAACAUAUGGUAUCAUGAAUUGCUCAGCAUUGUGGACAUGGGGAGCUGAAACUCUUGACAAAGGAUUUGAGUUUGAAGAUCAUCACCUGGAGUUUAGCAGACAUGUACAAGAUAGAUUAAUAGGCACCAAAGAGGAUGUUGCAAAUAUAUAUGACAUCACUACGGGUGACAGAAUAAUACGACUAUAUGACGCAGAUAAAGCCAACAAUUAUAAAGCUAACCGUGCAGUAUUCAAUCCUACAGACGACCUAGUUCUCAAUGAUGGUGUAUUGUGGGAUAUCAGGACACCGAAGGCUAUACACAAGUUUGACAAGUUUAAUCAGUAUGUUAGUGGAGUGUUUCAUCCUGUAGGAUUAGAAAUAAUCAUUAAUUCUGAAGUUUGGGAUAUACGUUCAUUCCGACUGUUACAUACAGUACCUGCCCUAGAUCAGUGUCAGAUACGCUUUAAUCACCUUGGUGAUGUCAUGUAUGCUACACAUAUAGAUGAAGAGUUAGAGUUAGACUCAGACAGACAUAGCCCGUAUGGUUCAACAUUCAGGACAUUUGAUGCCACUAACUAUGCUGCUAUAGCAACAAUGGAUGUAAAGUCAAGGAGUAUAUCUGAUCUAUGUACAGAUACUGCAGAUACCUAUCUAGCUGUAGUAGAGAAUCAGCAGUCAGUAGAUGUAGGUGCGGAGGAGAAUAUCUGUAGACUGUAUGAGAUUGGUAAAAUGAAGGAUGAUGAAGAUGAUCAGCAAAAUGAAGAAGAAGAGGAGCAAGUUGCUGAAGAUGACGAUGAUGAUGAUGAUGAUGACGACGAUGAUGAUGAUGACGACGAUGAUAAUAUGGAAUUUAUAAUCAAUGAUGAUGAUGAUGACAAUGAUAAUAACAGUGGUGAUAAUGAUGAUCUUGGUGGUGAUGAUGAUGACAACGACGACGAUGAUGAUGAUAUUAUUUUAUCACUUGGAAGUGACGAGGACGAUGAUGAUGAUGACGACGAUGAUAUGGAUUUAGAUGGUGCUUUUUUUGAACUUGCUGAUCUGUAAUGCCAAAAGUAAUGAACUUUGUAGAAUUGACUUGUAAAGUUUGUGUUCUAAAAGAACCAAAUAUGUCCGGAAAAAGUCAUUCAGAGAU